GGCCCCACUUAUACCCGCGGUUAGCCGCCGGCGGGCGCUGCCAGCGUCUACGGUUUCAGUCCGAGGCGGCGAGCGAAACCAGCUUCCCCAGCGCCGCCGAGCCUGGUCCCGGGCUGGCCCCUCUGCUGCCUCCUGAGCGGGCCAUGCCCCCGCGGGAUCUGAGCGAACCUGAGCCACCGCCCCUCCGGGCCCCGACCCCUCCCCCGCGGCGCAGCAGUGCGUCCCCGGAACUGGGCAUCAAGUGCGUGCUGGUGGGCGACGGCGCAGUGGGCAAGAGCAGCCUCAUCGUCAGCUACACCUGCAAUGGGUACCCCGCGCGCUACCGGCCCACGGCUCUGGACACCUUCUCUGUGCAAGUCCUGGUCGAUGGAGCCCCCGUGCGCAUUGAGCUCUGGGAUACAGCCGGACAGGAGGACUUUGACCGGCUUCGCUCCCUCUGCUACCCGGAUACCGAUGUCUUCCUGGCCUGCUUCAGCGUGGUGCAGCCCAGUUCCUUCCAAAACAUCACAGACAAAUGGCUGCCAGAGAUCCGCACUCACAACCCCCAGGCGCCGGUGCUGCUGGUGGGCACCCAGGCCGACCUGAGGGACGACGUCAAUGUACUGAUUCAGCUGGACCAGGGGGGCCGGGAGGGCCCGGUGCCCCAACCUCAGGCCCAGGGUCUGGCGGAGAAGAUCCGGGCCUGCUGCUACCUCGAGUGUUCGGCCUUGACGCAGAAAAACUUGAAGGAGGUAUUUGACUCGGCCAUUCUCAGUGCCAUCGAGCACAAGGCCGGGCUGGAGAAGAAGCUGAACGCCAAGGGUGUGCGCACCCUCUCCCGCUGCCGCUGGAAGAAGUUCUUCUGCUUUGUUUGAGCGGCUAUGGCAGCGCAGCAAGCGGUGGACAGGUGGCCAGAGAAUUCUGGAACCUAGGGCACUGGGCCGUGGAGGGGACUGCUGACAGGGGCACGCCACCCCAUGGGACUCAGUUCCCUUCUGAACAUUGUGGGGAGAGAAGGAGGGCUCUGACCCAGAUUUCUGUGGUGAAAGCUUACAGACAAAACCCAGCACUUUGAUUGUCAUGGGAUGGUCCCAACAGUGUCAGCCGCCUCCGAGCAGUUUGGGAUUCAAUUCCGUGUUUCUCAUGCUGGGCCAGCAGUGCUGAAUUAGGACCCCCUGUAGUGAUGCCCAAUCCUUCCGUGGCACAGGACCAGGAAGAGCCUGGGAACAGCUUGGGCAUCUUGGAGGGCUGGAAGGUGUCUAGACUGAUUUGGAGAGAAGUUUGGGGCUGGACUGUGUAAGAGGUCUGAGAGGCUAAACGGAGCAGAAACAAGGCCUUGGAGCCGCGGGACUGGAGGCAGGACUGGCUAGGAGGCAGAUCAGAGAUCUUGGCCUGGAAAGAGGAUCGACGAGCAAGGAGAGCAGGGAAGUGGGGCAGCUGAGAGCAAGGCUGACACCUGGGCUGCCCUCAGCCCUACAGCCGGGGAUGGUGGGGCAGACGGUCCCUGGGAAGAGCUGGGUCUCAGGGCUCCCUAGGCACUGCCCGAACUGGCUGGGCCAAAAGUGGGGCAGGAAGUGAGAGGCCAGGCCAGGCAGGGGGCUGGGGAAGGAGCUGCAAAUUAGAGCCCGAGGAAGGGGCUGGAGGUCACCCCUUUCCCGAGGGCCACAGCCUAGGAGGUAGGGCAGU